AUGGGCCCUGUCUGUGUCCUUUUCCAAGCGCCAGCCAUGCGGCGCAUGUUGGACCGCUAUGCUGUCAAUGACCAGUUGGCGCUUGCUGUGGACACAAAAAUGAAGGUGGCCAACCACGGCAUGGGUGUAGCCACUCUCAGCCUGCUCGUGAAAGACAAGCUGCGGCCAACCACACUCAUUCGCCACGGGGAUGGUUGCCGGGUCCAAGGCCGGGCUUACACGUCCCACGCCGUCCCCAUCAUGCAGGCAGUGUUCCAUGACGAGACAGAAGCCAAUUACGAAAGGUUGUUCCGAGCCUUCGACAAGCAUUGGAUGGAGAGCGGCUCAAACCGCCCACCGUUGACGGACGUGGCGCUGCAGGUCCACAAGGACUUCCACAAAGCCAUCGAGACGGCCAGGCGCUCUUGCUGGCCUGCGUCUCGAGCUUGUGACGAUUUCUUUCACUUCUCGCAAAAGAAGCACACGACACUUGCAAGCAAGUGCAAGACCUUGGAGCAAAAGAAAGGCAAGUGGGUGAAGACUUAUCUGAAAUGGACAGCGGAUGCUUUGGCCUUGCUCCGGCUCGUGCCAACACUGUCCAUCUUUUCUCAUCUGUGGAAGAGCCUGCUUUUCACCUUGCGCGAGUCUGGCGAAGGCAUCGUCGCUGACUGGCUGCGUUCCUACGAAAGGCCUCUUCCUCCUGCUCUUUGCCGCGCUCCCGCUGAUGCAGACCAACUCAUUUUUGCAUCCUUCUGGUGCGGCCGUGAUGGAUGCUUCCCUGGCACGGGCGGCGGCAGUCAGCCAGCGGAGGCGGUACACGCUGCUUGGCAAACCCAGCUCCAAAAACUUGGUGGCAAGGGCGAUGUGUCUCAUGUCCUGGGAGUCAUGCAGCGCCUCUACACCGAAUCUUGGGCUUCCUGGUACGAGUGGCACGCCGACUCACCCUUGCACCUCAGAACUACUGAGAUCGACCCCAACCUCAUUUGUGGAGAGGCCCUGAAGCGUGCCGGUCGAACGCCUGCGGCGCGCUUUGCUGAGCUGUCGCCUGACACAACAUUCUAUGUGCGCACAUGCUCUUCCACACACGAGCACUGGGUUGUGCUUGUUCAUUCCGAAGCGCAGUUGCCACUGCCGAGCAAAAUGGCAGCGCAACUGGCCGACAUCAUGGUCGCGACAGGCAGUCGCCUCACCACCUUGCUCAAGCAAGCUAAUGUUUUAGCUGGAGAAGGGAAGUUGCAGCUUGAGGCAGCCGGCCGGAUGUUUGAGGACUUGUGCUGCGUGAUGGGUAGCUCUUUGCAGUGCUCUUGUUCGGUCUACGCCUACCACGGCCAGUGCGAGCAUUCCAUCUUUGUGGCGAGCCUAGACCUCACACACAAGCCGGCAACGGUGGACUUGAAGACGCUCCCUCAGAAGCGGAAAGGCGGCCGCCCGAAGGCAGCCGCCGAGCCACCGCGGAAGCGCCGCGCGCUUGCCAAGGCGAAGGCCAAAGCUGUUGCAAAGAACUCGGCCAGAGCCAAGACGACGACAG